AUGGAUUGCACUUCUGCACAGAGGGUUAGUUAUGGCACUCAUAUGCUGGCUAAGGAAGCGAAUGAUUGGUGGCUAGAGACCCGUAGGAGGUUGGAGGCUCAUGGUGAGGAGAUCACUUGGAUUGUGUUUCGCAUGGAGUUCUUAAGGAAAUACUUUCCUAAGGAUGUCCGUGGUAAGAAGGAGAUUGAAUUCCUUGAGCUGAAACAAUGGAACAAGUCUGUUGUGGAGUAUGCUGCUAAUUGUGGUGCGGAGGGACAUAUUGAUAGCCAGUGUCAGAAGCCAAAGAAGACAGCUGUAGGUGGUAAAGUGUUCGCAUUGUCAGGCACUCAGACAUCUAGUGAGGACGGCCUUGUUAGAGGUACUUGUUUCAUUAAUAGCAUUCCUUUAAUUACUAAUAUCGAUACCGGUGCCACUCAUUGUUUUAUUGCUGAUGAUUGUGUGGAAAGAUUGGGUCUUACUUUGUCUGCUAUGAAUGGAGAAAUGGUUGUCGAACUCCCCGCUAAGGGAACAAUGACUACUUCUCUAGUGUGUUUGAACCGUCCUUUGUCAAUCUUUGAUAGGGACUUUGUUGUUGACUUUGCGUGUUUACCGCUUGUCGGUUUGGAUGUGGUUUUGGGUAUGAAUUGGUUGAAACGCAACUACGUUCAUAUCAAUUGUUUUAACAACACGGUGAGAUUUUCUUCUCUUGAAGAAGAAGAAGUUGGUUUGUUGACUGGUAAGCAAUUGAAGCAACUGAUGCAAGACGAAGCACAAAUGUUCUCAUUGAUGGCGUCCUUGUCUUUUGAGAAUCAAGCGAGAAUUGAUGAGUUAAAGGUGGUGCAAGAAUUUCCUGAAGUGUUUCUUGAUGACAUUCCUGAUGUACCUCCAGAAAGAGAAGUUGAGUUUACGAUUGAUCUUGUACCUGAUCCGUCUCAUGUGAUCCAGAUGGACGAUGUACAAGUGCGUGAUAAUCUCACAGUGGAGAUGAUGCCUGUGCGAAUUAAGGAUCGCGAAGUGAAGGUUCUAAGAGGCAAAGAGAUUCCAUUGGUGAAAGUUGUCUAG